GUCUUCGUCGUCGUCGUCCUCUUCGUCUUCUUCUUCGUCUUCGUCUUUUAUGUCUUCUUCUGCAUCUUCGUCUUCGUCGUCCUCUUCUUCGUCUUAUUCGUCUUUGUCGUCGUCGUCUUCAUCAUCGUCUUCAUCGUCUUCAUCUUCGUCGUCGUCUUCUUCCUCUUCUUCUUCGUCUUCGUCGUCUUCGUCAUCGUCGUCGUCUUCUUCUUUGUCUUCGUCGUCUUUGUCUUCUAUGUCUUCUUCUUCGUCUUCUUCGUCUUCGUCUUCGUCGUCUUCGUCAUCUUCUUCUUCAUCGUCUUCAUCGUCGUCUUCGUCGUCUUCGUCAUCUUCAUCAUCGUCUUCGUCAUCUUCUUCUUCGUCUUCUUCUUCGUCGUCUUCGUCGUCUUCUCCGUCGUCUUCGUCGUCGUCGUCUUCGUCGUCGUCUUCGUCUUCUUCGUCGUUGUCUUCUUCAUCUUCGUCGUCUUCGUCGUCUUCGUCUUCGUCUUCUUCAUGUUCUUCUUCGUCGUCUUCGUCGUCUUUGUCUUCUUCAUCUUCUUCGUGUUUUUCUUCGUCGUCUUCGUCGUCUUCUUCAUCGUCGUCUUCGUCGUCGUCUUCGUCGUCGUCGUCUUCGUCAUCUUCUUCCUCUUCUUCCUCUUCAUCUUCUUCUUCUUCGUCGUCUUCGUCGUCUUCUUCGUCGUCCUCUUCGUCGUCGUCUUCCUCUUCUUCUUAG